AGAAACAUGAGCAAGAUAGCUGCAAAAAUUGCAUUUUAUAAUUUUGAAUGGCGGUACGUUACUUUGGUGAUGUUUAACAGUGUUCAUUUAAUCGGUAUUGCGACAUUCUUGAGCCAUUACAAUCAAUCAGUUGUAGUGAAAAUGGGAGAAUUCAUACCUUACCACCGCUCUGUGAUACCACAGUUCGUGGUGGUCGGUGAGACAUCUUCCGAAUUAGCAGGUAUGCUUCGGUGGCUAGCCCAGAACCAGUAUGACACAACGGGAAACUUUGUCAUCCUGUGCUAUUCAACUGAAGAUAACACAUGCAACGAGAAAGAAAUCUUUGAAACUGUAUCGAGUGUGUUCAUUGUAAAUGUUUUAUUAAUAAAGGGUUCUCUUGGCGACGAAGAGCCCACCGUAUUGUCCUACUUUUUGGUUUUACCACAAAAAUGCAUGAACAGCGAACCUGUUAAACUAAACAUUAGUUUGAACUGCCCAAAUGAUACUUGUUUCAAAACUGCAUUCCCAGAAAAGUUUUCGAAUAUGCAUCAGUGUCCUUUUAUUGUUUCUACAUUCGAGCAACACCCGUUCAUGUAUUUGAGCAAUGAUAGUGCACCAGAAGGUAAAGAUGGUGAUCUUUUGACUUUAGUGGUGGACAUUUUGAACGCUUCACUUGUCAUAAGAACGCCGAAGGAAGACAGUGACUGGGGAAAAUUAGUGAAUAACAACUGGACGGGAUCUCUGGGCGAUGUGUUCAACGGCCUAGCUCACGCUUCGAUGUGCUCUGCUCCUCUGUCUCCAACUAAAUACGCAAAUUUUCAAAUUUCUUUUACAUACAGUUCUAUGGAUAUAGUUUGGGCUACGGGCCUGCCCGCCCUCAAGCCGUCUUGGGAAAAGCUUUUACAUCCUUUUCAAAUGACCGUAAGGGUCUUAAUUUUCUUCCUGUUUAUUGGGAUAAUUUUGUCGAAUACUUUUACUAAGACGCGUGUUUGGAGAAAAGCUAUACGUGCGCUUAGAAUUAGCCCGCCGAAGUCGAACUUACUGUUUUAUUCUUGGAUUGUUUUUAUGGGUCUGCCUAUUGUUAGAAUGCCCUCGAAGCCAUCUCUUCUAAUGGUGAUCGGAAUCUGGAUUUGGACUAGCGGUAUUAUCAGGACGGUGUACCAGGCGGAGCUGGUAAGCAUCAUGAAACAGCCUAUAUAUGAAAAGCCAUUUGAGACAUAUCAAGAUGCCUUGGCAACCAAAAGACCUUUUGGAGGUCUUUCCAUUUACAAGGAAUACUAUUCCGACGAUGAAUACGUUUAUGAAAAUUAUAUUGACAAAAGCUUAUCGGAAGCACGCCAAACUGUAGACAGGAUAUCAAAUGGAUCAUUGGAUUUCAUGAUCGCUAUGAAAAAAGAGUCAAUUUAUUUCAGAUUAAUGGAAUUUAAAGGUACAAGGCAAUUACAAAUAAUUCCGGAAAAGAUCGCAAACAGCCCAACCGUUAUGUUUUUCAAGAAGUUUUCCUUCCUAGCUACUCCUGUGAGUCGCAUCUUGAGUGUUUCUUUGGAAGGAGGGUUCAGCCAAAAGAUGUAUUCACGUUUCUUCGAGAGGGCGAUUUCAUUUCUUCACCACUCGAAGGACCAAGGCCCAAGUGCGCUACGACUUGAACAUUUCAUGGGUAGUUUCAUAAUCUUGCUGGGCGGUUGGAUUCUAUCUGCUAUUUUCUUCGCUGUUGAAGUAAUAUGUGGCAAAAUAGUUCUGGGUAAUGUUUAUUCUUAA